AUUGUUUUUAUCGACAGUUUAUUUAUUUUUUUAUACAAUUUGCGCUACGGUUCUUUGUUCGUAUUCCUAAAGUUGCCAAAAUGAUUACAAGUGUUAAACUUUCGAUUUUAGUUUUUGCAUUUUUAUUUCAUCAAAGCUUAACGUAUAAACCCGUGGUUUUAAUUCAUGGUAUUAUGACUGGCAGUGGAAGUAUGGAACUGAUCAAGAACAGAAUAGAAGAGAAACAUCCUGGCACACUAGUAUACAAUGUGAACAGAUUCGAGAGCUGGUCUAGUCUAGAAACCAUGUGGCAUCAAGUUUUGGAGAUUGGAUUGGAUGUCGCUAAUAUUUCCAGUAAACAUCCUCAGGGAAUUAAUCUUAUUGGGUAUUCCCAAGGAGGUCUGAUAGCGAGAGGCAUAGUGGAGACAUUUGAAAAUGUAUCUGUUGACACUUUCAUAUCCCUAAGUUCACCACAAGCCGGACAAUAUGGAGCUGGUUUUCUUCAUGUCGUUUUCCCUGGACUAGUCAAAGAAACAGCAUAUGAAUUAUUUUAUUCUAGAGUCGGACAACACACAUCUGUCGGUAACUACUGGAGAGAUCCGUACCAUCAAACGUUGUACGAUUUAUACAGCGUAUACCUGCCUUAUAUUAAUAAUCAUAUUCAGUCUGCAAAAUCCGAAGAUUUCAAGAAAAAUAUGCUUCGUUUAAAAAGAUUAGUGCUUAUUGGAGGUCCUGAUGAUCAAGUGAUUACGCCUUGGCAGAGUAGUCAAUUUGGCUACUACGAUGCAAACGAAACAGUCAUAGAGAUGCGUGGCCAAGAUAUUUACCUAUCAGACAAGAUUGGUCUCAAGACAUUGGACAAAACCAAGCGUCUACAUGUAGUCACCGUUCCAGGAGUCAAUCAUUUUACCUGGCAUAUGAAUGUAAGCAUUGUUGAUGAUUAUUUGUUACCCUAUCUUGAUUAAAUUAAAAAUUAUACUGAUAGGUCAUUUAGAGGUCACGGAAAUUCAAUAAUGGUCUAACCAUUUUUCAAGUUUACUUAAUUUAUUUUUUAUUGAAAGU